AUGUUUCCGUUAAUCAGUCGUUUUAUUCCUCCCACACUGUGUACAGGGAGAGGAAGCAAAACCCAAGCUCGGAUAUUCGACUCACAGACAAGCGAAGCUCAGAAAAUCGCAUUUUUUUUUUUUUCAUUUUCUUCUUUUAUUCUCAUCUCUUUUCGUCUAUCUUUAUUAUUUCUAUUUCUUUUUUUUAGGUUCUUUUUUUUGUUCUUUAUUUAUUUCCACGGCUUUCUUUCCUUGUAUUUUCCCCUCUUCUUUCCUUUUUUUUCUCUUUUUUUUUAUGCUUAUUCCCUUCAUUCUAUCUAUUGUCUUCUUUCUUUCUUUUAUGAUUUCCAAUUUUUUCUUCACUGCAUUUAUUUGUCUUUCUUUUAUUCUUCCUGUUAUUACUCUUUUUUUUCUCAUAUUUUUCUACUUUUGGAUUUUUCUUUUCUUUUACUCGUUCAUUUUUUUCUAUUUAUCUUCAUUUCACACUACUCAAUUCCUUCUCUUUUCAUAACUGCUCUUCUUCUUUUUGGGGGUCAGCCGUAUUUUUCUUUCCUCUUCCUUCACCUUUUCUUUUAUUCUUACUUCUCUUCUCAUUCUCCCUCCUCUCUUUUUUAUUCUUCUCUCUCUCUCUCUCUCUCUCUCUCUCUCUUUGCUACCGUUUCCUCCCUCUCCUUCUCUUAUUUUUCUCACUCUGGCCCUAUAUCACUCCUUUUAUAUUUCUUUCGUUCCUUCUUUUUUUCAUUUAUCUCCCUCUCUAUAACUAUUUUCACGCUCUCUCUAUCACUUUCAUUGCCUUUCAUUCAUUCAUUCUCUCUUAAUUCUUACUUUCUCUCACGCUACAUUUUUCUCCUUCCUUCUCAAUUUCUCACUGCCUUUUCCUUUUUCUUUUUCGCCUAUUCUUUCCUUCUUUCUUUCUGA